AUGACUAUCGACAAGAGCAAGACACAUAAAGCCGCCCUUCUCUAUGGCGCCAAAUCGCUCAAACUCACUACGGUAGACACUCCCCCGCUGGGGAGCCACGAGGUGCAGGUCGCACCAAAAGCCACGGGCAUCUGCGGGACAGACAUGCACUACUAUCAGAACGGACGCAACGGCAUCUACACGAUAGAGAGCCCGCUAGUCCUGGGCCACGAAGCCGCCGGAGAGGUGGUGGCGGUCGGCAGCGAUGUGCACGGGCUGAAGCCUGGCGACCGAGUCGCCGUCGAGCCGCAGCUCGCGUGCUUCGUCUGUCCCAAGUGCCGGCUCGGCCAGUACAACAUGUGCUCGAGCAUGAGAUUCCUAGGCUCAGCCAGCGCCAGGCCGCCGGCCAGUGGCUCGCUGCAGCAGCUGUACAACCACCCAGCGAGCCUGGUGUACAGGCUACCCGACUCGCUCAGCUAUCUCGAGGGUGCCAUGGUGGAGCCGCUCUCCGUCGCCAUCCACUCGGUCAGGAAGGCGAGGCUCCAGGCCGGCCAGACGGUGCUGAUCACUGGCGCCGGGGCCAUCGGGCUGCUCUGCGCCAGCGUCGCCAGGAUAUCGGGCGCCUUGAGAAUCGCCAUGGUAGACGUCGACGGGACGCGGCUCGAGUUCGCCAAGGCCCAGGGACUCGCCGACGCGACCAUGCUGAUACCCUUUGGCGGCAAUGAGGGCGAGACUUCGAUUGAGUUCUCGACCAGGAUGGCCAAGGAACUCUCAUCGUCCGAGGCUGGCAUGCGGCCGGCGGACGUGGCUUUCGAGUGCAGCGGUGUGGAGAGCUGCCUGAACCUGUGCGUCGCAUCCGAAUCCGGUCGAUUUGGAUUGCAGAUAUGUGGAAUCAAGGCCAAUCCGGUGUCAUCAAUGAAAAGAUACUUGGAAGUGAUCUAUGGGGGGUACUCAACUGUUAGACGCUGCUUGCCUAUCAAACUUGCCUACGCCCCUACUGACUGGAUACACAGCUCUUUGUUGGCUUUGAACCACCCACGCUUACUCCGAUCGCUGGUUCUGCUCGACCCAGUUAUCCAAGAGCGCAACGGAAGCAUCUCUCCAGCAAAAGCAUCUACGCCUCGUCGAGACAUCUGGCCAUCUAGGCAGACUGCGGCAGCAAGAUUUAAUGGCGGAAAGUUCUUUCAGACUUGGGAUCCACGGGUGCUGGACCGCUGGAUUGAGUACGGCCUCCGUCGAGGUCCGACCGAACUUUACCCACGUGGACAUCUUGACAAUGACGACGGCGUAACGUUAACCACCUCGAAACAUCAGGAACUUUUCACAUUCCUUCGGCCUACCUACCGGCACAGCCCUGGCGAGAAGUACGUUGACAAAGAUCCUGUUUCAGAUGAAGAGUACCCUGGAUAUCCAUUUUACCGACCUGAACCACUUCAGGUCUUCCGUCGCCUGCCGGAAAUGCGCCCUAGUGUGCUCUAUAUCUUCGGGGGUAGCUCAGAGCUUUCACGCUCACAGCAGCGUGAAAAGAAGAUGGUACAGACGGGUGUAGGUGUUGGUGGUAGUGGUGGUGCUGUUGCCGGUCGUGUCAAGGAGGUGGUUCUUGAUUGUGGCCAUCUCGUAGCCAUGGAGAAGGUUUCGGAGUGUGCAGAUGCAAUCACUGCUUUUCUGGAGAGCGAACUGGAGUUAUGGAGAAAGGAAAAGCGGGAAUUCGAGAGGUAUUGGAACAAGAAGAGCAGGCGGGAGCAGAUCACGAUCGACAAGGCCUGGGCUGAUAACAUUGAUCCGAGUAUGAAGCCUUCAGGCCGUAACAAACUCUGA